AUGGCGGCCUCGCUCUGUACAGCCCCUCACGCCUUGCAAAAACGACAUUCACCCUCGAUUUCACACUCAAAACGGACUCAAUGUCAAUACCUUUCGGUGGCUCGAACGGCAACCGCUGCCUAUUGCAGAAGGACUGAUCGACGGCCGGACACUCAGCAAGUCGGAACAACUAGUUGGUCGUUCGAAGAAAGAAUGCAAGAGGCACUCAACGUGUUGGAGCUCAUGGAAGCUCAAGGCAUGGAACCCGAACCCAGCUUGUUUUGCAUUCUUCUCAAGAGCUGCGCAGACGCUGAGAAUUUCGAAUUCGGCAAAACAAUUCACAGCAAAAUCGUUGGUACCCAACUGGAAAAUGACGUUUUCGUAGUAAAUAAUCUGAUUAACUUCUAUGCGAAAUGCAGGUGUCUGAAAACAGCGCGCCGGUUGUUCGACAAAAUGCCUUUCAGAAAUGCGGUCUCUUGGACUAGCAUAAUUUCCAUGUAUAGUCAAUCGGGCUUUCCUGAAGCAGCUAUAAAGAUGUACAAUUUGAUGAUAUCGGAUGGAAAUAUCAAGCCGAAUGCGUUCACUUAUACUGUAGCGUUGAAUUCUUGUGCAAAGACGGGAAAUUUAAAGAUGGGCAUUGGGAUUCAUAAGGAAAUAGUGAGGGACGGAUGCGAGAGCGAUGAAUUUAUAGUGACAGCGUUGAUCGAUAUGUAUUCCAAAUGUGGGAGAAUCGAAGAUGCACACCGGUUGUUCGAUAAAAUAUCUGAACCAGCAGUUGCUGCUUGUACCGCCAUGAUUGAAGGUUACAACAUGAACAAUCGUGCUAAGGAUGCGAUGGGUCUUACUCGGAGGAUUUUGCAUUCAGGCUUAGAUUUGAGGGCUGCUCAGGAGUUGGGUUUGAGUAGUAUCAUCCGAUCUUGUGUUUUGGAAGUGGCGCUUAGACAAGGGCAAGAAAUCCAUGCCCACAUGAUUAAAUUUGGGCACAAACCCGGCACGCAAACGAUAAGCGACCUUGUGGUGUUGUCUGAACGUUGUGAUAAGAUGGUGUUUGCUCGUCACCUCUUCAAUGAAUUGCUGGUGAAGAGUGUAGAAUUAUGGGGGAGAAUGAUUUCAGGAUACGUCCGCAAUGGGUUGAAUCAGGAAGCUUUGAAGCUCUAUGUAGACAUGGUGUCUGAGGACGUUGAGUUGAACCCAUUCUUUCUGUCGUGGGCAAUUAAGGCUAGUGUAGGCACAAUGGGUUUAAUGGAAGGUAAGGGAAUACAUGGUCGAGCGAUCAAAGCUGGCUGCUGUAAUGGAUUGUCUGAAGAUUCAGUCAUGGCAAGCCUUGUAAAGCUGUAUAGUGAUUGUGGAUGUGUGGAUGAAGUUGAGAAGAUAGUAAGAUGCCAUAGGAAUUAG